AUGGGGGAACUUAACUGUCACAGUAUCAACAGUGACUCAGAUGAGACCAAUGUGGAACAAUCCUCUCCAGUUACAGCUGUUGAAGACCAACUGACAUGUACAGCCAGAGUUGAAAGUCCUUCCUUCCAAGCUAACACACCUGAUGCGUCUAACACAAACACCGUACAUCAGAUUUCCAGCACUGAAGGGGACACACUUGAGACCAAUGUGGAACAAUCCUCUCCAGUUACAGCUGUUGAAGACCAAGUGACAUUUCCUGAUAUAGUUGAAAGUCCUUCCUUCCAAGAUAACACACCUGAUGCGUCUAACACAAACACCGUACAUCAGAUUUCCAGCACUGAAGGGGACACACUUGAGACCAAUGUGGAACAAUCCUCUCCAGUUACAGCUGUUGAAGACCAAGUGACAUUUCCUGAUAUAGUUGAAAGUCCUUCCUUCCAAGAUAACACACCUGAUGCGUCUGACACAAACACCGUACAUCAGAUUUCCAGCACUGAAGGGGACACACUUGAGACCAAUGUGGAACAAUCCUCUCCAGUUACAGCUGUUGAAGACCAAGUGACAUUUCCUGAUAUAGCUGAAAGUCCUUCCUUCCAAGCUAACACACCUGAUGCGUCUGACACAAACACCGUACAUCAGACUUCCAGCACCGAUGGUGACACACUUGAAACCAAUGUGGAACAAUCCUCUCCAGUUACAGCUGUUGAAGACCAACUGACAUGUACAGCCAGAGUUGAAAGUCCUUCCUUCCAAGAUAACACACCUGAUGCGUCUGACACAAACACCGUACAUCAGAUUUCCAGCACCGAUGGUGACACACUUGAAACCAAUGUGGAACAAUCCUCUCCAGUUACAGCUGUUGAAGACCAACUGACAUUUACAGCUGUUGAAAAGCAAGUAACAUUUCCUGAUAUAGUUGAAAGUCCUUCCUUCCAAGAUAACACACCUGAUGCGUCUAACACAAACACCGUACAUCAGACUUCCAGCACCAAUGGUGACACACUUGAAACCAAUGUGGAACAAUCCUCUCCAGUUACAGCUGUUGAAGACCAACUGACAUGUACAGCCAGAGUUGAAAGUCCUUCCUUCCAAGCUAACACACCUGAUGCGUCUGACACAAACACCGUACAUCAGACUUCCAGCACCGAUGGUGACACACUUGAAACCAAUGUGGAACAAUCCUCUCCAGUUACAGCUGUUGAAGACCAACUGACAUGUACAGCCAGAGUUGAAAGUCCUUCCUUCCAAGCUAACACACCUGAUGCGUCUAACACAAACACCGUACAUCAGACUUCCAGCACGGAUGGUGACACACUUGAAACCAAUGUGGAACAAUCCUCUCCAGUUACAGCUGUUGAAGACCAACUGACAUUUCCUGAUAUAGUUGAAAGUCUGUUCUGGGAGGAUAACGCAGAUCCAUGUACUGAUGAUCGAGUAGACAGUAGUUCUUGUGAUGAUGGCUUUGAAACUGACGACUUUCCCAUGCUGCAGCAGUUGAAAGAAGACCAAGUCCUUGGUGAGGACCAUACUGUGGUUGCUAAAUCUGCUGCCAGUGUUUCUGUGCAAAGGAAAAGGAAAGCCAGUGAUUCGGGUGAUGAAUUGAGCAGUGUGAAAAAGAAGUAUGCAAGGUUGAAGGAGAAAUAUGAAAAAUUACUCGAAGCAAACAGGGAGCCAGCAGUGACAUACACCAGCAAAGAUGUACCAGCUGUGCCAGAACAGGUGCAGGUGACAUGCAAGGAGUUGCCAGUGGAGCCACACUCAAGCAGUGAAGAGUCGGCCUAUAUGGAGGCAAAAAUUAAUGAGGUGCAGAAGAAGCGGAUAUAUGACAAACUGCUUGCUUGUUAUUAUUGUGGAAAUGUGUACAAACACAGAAUAACUGAGCACUUGCAGCUUGUUCACCCAAACGAAAUGGAUGUUGCUAAGGCAGUGGGUACGUCAGAUGAAAAAAAAAGGGACAAUAUAUUCCUCAGAUUGAAAAACCUUGGAAAUUUUAAAUACAAUCUUUCAGUAUUAGAAAAAAAAGGUAAUGAUAUCAUUGUUGCAAGAAGACCGAAUAAAGGUCCAAUUGUUGCAAAAAAUUACCUGCCAUGUGUUUCAUGCUAUGGCUUCUAUCUUGGUAAAGAUCUUUGGAGACAUGAAAAGAAUUGUCAACUUAAAGUAGGACAAGUUGGUAAGUCGGCAUCUGUUCAGGCAGAAUCAAGGGUGUUGCUAAGAUCGUCAGUUUCUUCUGAUCCAGGGACAGGUGAUGGUUUGAAGUUGUUAGACAGAUUAAAUACAAGAUCUGAUAGCAUAAAAUGUGAGAUUGUGAAUGAUACACUUGUUAUUAAGUUUGGCACAGUUUUGCUUGAAAAGCUUGGUGACAGAAGAAAGAACGAUAUUUCUCAGCGAAUUCGUCAGCUCACUCGCUUAAAGAUGCAGAUCAAUACAACUAAGAAUGAUAAGACCGAACAAUUAUUUGAUUUGAUUUCUGGAAAUGGAUUUGAUACUGUGGUGGAAGGGGUGCGGAACUUGUGUGGGACAUAUGAAAAUGAGGAAAAAGUAGUGAGAAUGAAGAAACCUGGACUUGCAUUAAGAUUGGGACACAACCUGAUUAAAGCUGCAGAAAUCAAAUGUGGUAUGGCCUUGAGAAUGGAUGAUGAAGCAAGCUGUAAUCAAGCAGAGACAUUUUGCAAGCUUUACAGACGAGAGUGGAAUGAUAAGAUAUCAAGUGUUGCCUUAAGUACCCUGAAAACAAACAAGUUUAACAAGGGCCAAGUGAUACCAUUGACAGAUGACCUUGUGAAAUUGAAAAAUCAUUUGUCAUCAAGAAUGUCUGCACUUGCAGAAAAGCUACAAAGUUCACCUGCAUAUAAAGUUUGGCGUGAAUUGGCAGAGGUCACUAUGGUCAGAAUCCUGUUACUGAACAAGCGCCGAGGUGCUGAAGCAUCCAAGUUACUGAUUAGUGCAUAUCAGAGUCGGCCUAACUGGGAAGAGACUACAAACAAAGAGAUACUUGGCAGUCUUUCUCCGCUGGAAAAGAAGAUGUUCUCUAGGAUGGAUAUGGUCCAUACCCAAGGAAAGCAAGACAAAAAGGUGGCGACUCUUCUGAACCGAGACAUGGUAGACGCCAUUAAUCUACUCAUAGCCACCAGAGCAGCUUGUGGCAUUCUAGAUACAAACAAGUAUGUGUUUGCCAACCAAUUAGAUGGACACCUAAGUACCUGGACAAGUCUGCGUGACCAGGCAGUACAGGCCCAGUGCAGUAAACCCGAGUUGAUAAACUGCAACUCUUUGAGGAAGUACAUCGCAACAGUAUGUCAGCUGAUGGAUCUCAAUGAUGGCGAGGUCCAAUGGGUGUCCAGCCAUUUGGGGCACACAGUCAAAACACAUAAAGAUUUUUACAGGCUGCAAGAAGCAGCUAUAGAAAUCGGAAAGAUUUCAAAGCUGCUGAUAGCAGCAGAAAGUGGGAAACUUUCAAAAUAUAAAGGGAAAUCUCUUGCAGCCUUACAAUUUGAUGAUGAUGAUGAAUCCGAUAAUGAUGAGGAUGAUGAUGAUGAGGAGGCAACAAAGACGAUUCAAUAG